AGGUCCCACAAAAGUUACAAAAUUUACAACCCAGCAAAAACCAAGAAAAAAUGCCAACAAAACCCCACCAGAUUCUCAUAGUUCGUUACCCUCAAACUAAAAUUUUCACUACCAUCCUCUGCUACCAUGGCUACUGCCAUGGCAGUUGUAACUAAAUUACCAUUUAGCCCUUCUUUCAAUCGCCAAAUGCAUAAAAAUUUCAUCAGGGAAAAACCACAACUUUCUUUUAAUGUUGGUGUUAAACCCAUUAAAUGUCAAUCAAAUCAUGAAAAAUCAGGGGUACCCAUUAAAAUUGUUGGAAAUGGGUAUCGAUUUUUGCAGUUGGGUCCUCAUAAAAGUCGUUCAACUCGAACAAUUUUAGCAAAUUCACUUGGUUCAAGCUCAAAAGAUGGCGUUACUGCAACAAUUUCUCAAACUGUGUUGGGUGUACUACACUUGGUUGUUUCACUUGGGAUUAUAUUGGCAAUGGAUAAGUUAUUGAAGCAGGCUUUUGUGAAUGCAUCAAUUAAGUUCCCAAGUGCGUUAUUUGGAAUGUUUUGUACAUUUUCAAUUCUAAUGAUCCUGGACACAGCGAUUCCUGCGGCUGCAGCAAGUCUGAUGAGCUUUUUUGAGCCAGCCCUUUUGUUCAUUCAAAGGUGGCUCCCCUUGUUCUACGUUCCUUCGCUGGUUAUCUUGCCUCUUGCUGUUGGAGACAUACCUGCUGCAUCUGGACUGAAGAUCGUUGGCAUUUUAGUUGGUGGCUGGCUGGCUUCGCUUUGUGUUGCUGCAUAUACAGCUAUAGCAGUGAGGAAUAUUGUCAAGACUGAAAUGAUACCUGCUGAACCUAUGUCAAAACCAUCUCCCUUUUCUACUAUUGAAGUGUGGGCUUGGAGUAUCAUUUUUAUUGCAUCAUUUGUUGGGGCAUACCUAUACCCAACAAUCCUGGGAACUGCUGCUCGUACCUGCCUUCCUUUCUUGCUCGCAUCAACAGUACUUGGUUACAUGAUUGGCACUGGGUUGCCGUCUGGUUUGAAGAUGUUGUUUCAUCCAAUUAUAUGCUGUGCACUUUCAGCAGAUUUGGCAGCCUUCGCCUUUGGAUACAUAUCAAAAUCUGGAAUUGAACCUGUUUUAGGAUACUAUCUUACCAAGGUGUCAACAAACCCUGGAGCCGGUGACAUUUUGAUGGGGUUCUUGGGAUCUGUUAUUAUCUCCUUCGCUUUUUCAAUGUUCAAACAAAGAAAACUUGUAAAGAGGCAUGCAGCAGAGAUCUUUACAUCUAUCAUUGUCGCAACAGUAUUCUCUCUAUAUUCAACUGCUCUUGUGGGGCGUCUUGUUGGGCUGGAACGAUCUUUGACUAUUUCAAUUCUACCACGGUGCAUUACUGUGGCUUUAGCCCUCAGCAUUGUCUCCUUGUUUGAAGGUACAAAUUCGUCCUUAACGGCUGCUGUGGUGGUGCUAACCGGUCUUGUUGGGGCAAACUUUGUGCAAGUCGUUCUUGAUAAGCUGCAGUUUCGUGAUCCUAUUGCUCGAGGAAUAGCCACGGCAUCUAGUGCUCACGGAUUAGGAACAGCAGCAUUGUCAGCAAAGGAACCAGAGGCACUCCCAUUCUGCGCUAUUGCAUAUGCUCUCACUGGUAUCUUUGGCUCCAUUUUAUGCUCUAUUCCUGCUGUCCGCCAAAGUCUGCUUGCUGUGGUUGGUUGAUUUGUUUUUUCUUCUUGCCCUGUACAUUUUCUAUUCUUUUUUUUUUUCUGUUUCAAGUUUUUUUCUUUUCAGAAAUUACAAAGUGGAGUAAGAUAUAUCCCCCUGUGUGUACUUUGUACAUAAUUCUGAGUUGUGGCGAAGUAUAUUCUUCCCCUUUGUAAUUAAUCAGAUAGUCUACAGUAAUCUUAUUUUUUACACAAUUGUUCAUCAAAGAUCAA